AUGCUUCUUAAAGUUGUUUCUCUUUCACAAUUUAGACUCAUGCGAGUGAUUGGCAGAGGUGCUUUUGGAAAGGUUCGAAUAGUCGAGCACCGAGAGUCUCGAAAAUUAUACGCUUUAAAAUAUAUAGACAAAGAAGAAUGCAUCCGACUGGACGCUGUCAAAAAUAUCAUUCGGGAACGAUAUAUUCUUGAAGAGUUGGACCACCCUUUCUUAUGUCGUCUGCGUUUUGCAUUUCAAGAUAAGCAUGUCAUAUAUAUGGUGACUGAUUUAAUGCUCGGCGGGGACUUACAUUUUCAUUUAUCACGGCAGACUCAAUUUUCUGAAAAUGUAAUACGAUUUUGGUUUGCUGAAUUGGCUUCUGCAGUUAGAUAUCUGCACAUGAAGGGGGUUGUACACAGAGAUAUCAAGCCGCAUAAUAUAUUGAUGGACGAUCAGGGGCAUGUUCAUCUGGCCGACUUUAAUAUAGCGACUCAUAUUCAACCUCAUAAAUUAUUGACAUCUAACUCAGGGACAGGAUAUUACAUGGCACCUGAAGUCUACAAAGGCGGUGGUUACAAUGAAGCUGUUGACUGGUGGAGUCUAGGUGUAACUAUGUACGAGUGUGUUUAUCGCAAAAGACCGUUCGAAUAUGAUAAAGCAGAUGAUCUACAUUCUGCUAUACGAAGAGGCCGUGUUCAUUAUCCAGUAUUACCUGACCGUCCUAUAUCUGAUGAGUGUCUUGCGGUGCUACAAGGGUUUCUAGAGUUGAAUCCUAAAAAGCGUUUGGGGUACGGCGACCUUGGCUGGGCAGCAGUAGUACGACAUCCCUUCUUUCGCUCCAUCAACUGGAUAAAGUUAGAAAGCAAAUUAUUAAUACCGCCCUUUAAACCUGCUACAGGCAAUAACUUUGAUCUCACCUAUGAUCUGGAGGAGUUAUUGUUAGAACCACCGCCUAGAACAUUUCAUACUUUAAAGCGUCAUAAUAAGAGCAUGAUGGCCAACAGCAAAGAUAAGCUGGAUUUAUUGAGUAAAGAAGAAAGGGAUCUAUUGAUGAUAGAGGAAAAGUUUAAGCAUUUUGACUUUACA